UUGUUUGGUAUUAAACAAAAUGGUUUUUAUUUCCAUUUAAUAUUGAUCUAUGUGAAGAAAAAUUCGCAUAACAACAUAAAUUAAUCAUACUUUCUCUUAAUUAAUGAUCGGCUAAGUAAAGUGGUGACUUAUAUUUUAGAUAUAUAAUACAUUUUUUAUAUUUCUCUCCUGUAAGCUCCGAAGAGAGCAGCAUUCAUAUUCCAAAUGAUUAUAAUAAAAUUCGUCGACAAGAGCGAGUACAAUACCUGAGUGUAGUGAGUGCGGUGCGACUGGUUUGCAUUUCAAUUGCAUUGCACUUUGCAAGUGAAAAGUCACAGGAGAAAUGAUACAAUUGAAAUCAACAUUUGAAUGCAACACAGAGAUUUGCAGAUAACAGCUGUAGGAUAAGCAAUUUUCUCGCUUUCUCACAGCCGAACACAGUACCAAUUUCUGAUCUGCCAAAUUCAAAAAAAAUGUUUUUCACAAAAGCAACGAAAAAUAAAUAAAUGAAAAUACCAAAAUAAAACGGUGUGAGAAUAAUGUUAAUGUCUAAAUGAAAGUUGAACCAUUUUUUCCAAUUAUGAAUCUGUCGAAUCGAAUAUCCUAAUGCAGAAGAGCAAAAAAAAACAUCAUUGAAUUUGUGUGACGUAUAAGUCUGCAUAUGAUUACGUGAUUACUUACAAAAUUCUUAUCGUAUGUUUGUGAUGUGUGAUGUAAAAGUGUAUAGUAGAGCCAUGAAUAAUGCAACAACAAAAGUGAACGACAUAUCCACCAGUUUACCUUUAAUAUUUUAGGAGAUGGACAGUUUUUUAAAAACUCAAUUCGUUUCACACUGAAAAGAAAGAAAAAGAAGAAAAAAUACCAACCAAUUUCACUCCUCAGACUUGCUUGCGCUCUCUAUCACACUAUCCCACUAUCUAUCCAUCGCGCAGCUCUCGAUUUUAAUUGAAAUGAAAAGUGCUAGUCAAUGUAAUAAGUGUAUGAUUUUAUGGUGGCAUUUUUAUUUCAGUGCAUUAAAUUCCGAAAAGUAAAUGAAUGCCGCAAAAGCAGCCAAAAUGAUAAACAUAAGGAGAUGAACGAAUGGAGUCAAGCACAGCAUAAAAUUUUGUGGCACAUUUUCUAAAAAUAAACAAACAAACCAGCCAGCAAGAUUCAUCAGUCCAGACAACAUAGACAAGAAAACCAAAAAAAGUACAACAACAAUCGAUAAACGACGACGACGACGACGACGACGACAGCGACGACGACUCGCUUACUAACAAAAUUACAAGAGGCAUUGUCUUUUGUGCAUCGCACUUAAAACGGAUAUGGGAGCACAACAAGUGAAAGAAGGAAGAGGUGCAAGUAGUUGCAAUCCCAUUAAUGCUGGACUAAAUGCAAAUAUCGGCGCAAACACAGCCAAUUUGUCAUCGGCAAACUGCACGGCAACAACCAAUUCGGUGGCGGGCGGUGGAGGCACGUUUGGAGCUGGUUCUUCGUUGCGUGCAAGUCGCAUCAACAAAUCAAGAGUACCAAAGGAGCCAAAAAAUCACGCUUUAAACGUAUUCACAGAGCAUAAUGAACAUCCAAUCGGAUUGAUUUCCACAGAAGCCCUGUUACAACUACGUCCAUUACCGCAUAUUCCAAAAUCUCAACUACAAACACGUGAUAUUGAUUUAAAACCCGAUGGUGUUCUAUCGAAUGUCUCGAAUUCCGGAUCGGGCACCUUGAAUAUUAGUCAACAAAAUCUCGGUUUUGAGGUGGCAAAUCGCUGGACGUCGAAGGAGAAUUUACUCGCACCCGGUCCCGAAGAAGAUGAUCCACAGUUAUUUGUUGCUCUAUAUGAUUUUACCGCCGGUGGCGAGAAUCAGCUCAGCCUCAGGAAGGGUGAACAAGUGCGCAUUCUGUCUUAUAAUAAAUCGGGCGAAUGGUGCGAAGCACAUACCGAUUCGGGCCUAGUCGGUUGGGUGCCAUCGAAUUAUGUCACACCAGUUAAUUCAUUGGAGAAACACUCCUGGUAUCAUGGUCCGAUUUCGAGAAAUGCCGCCGAAUAUCUGCUCAGCUCUGGUAUUAAUGGCAGUUUUUUGGUUCGAGAAAGUGAAAGUUCGCCCGGUCAACGGAGCAUUAGUUUGAGAUUCGAGGGACGUGUCUACCACUAUCGUAUAUCGGAGGACACCGAUGGAAAGGUGUAUGUUACAGUUGAGGCAAAGUUUAAUACAUUAGCCGAACUCGUGCAUCAUCACAGUGUACUUCAUGAGGGUCAUGGUCUAAUUACACCAUUGCUGUAUCCAGCACCAAAGCAAAACAAACCGACCGUUUUCCCACUCAGUCCCGAGCCCGACGAAUGGGAAAUUUGCCGCACCGACAUUGUGAUGAAGCAUAAAUUGGGCGGCGGUCAAUAUGGUGAAGUGUACGAAGCGAUUUGGAAACGAUACGGCAACACGGUCGCUGUGAAAACACUCAAAGAAGACACGAUGGCAUUGAAAGACUUUCUUGAAGAAGCGGCGAUCAUGAAAGAAAUGAAACAUCCAAAUUUAGUACAGCUUAUUGGAGUUUGCACCAGAGAACCACCCUUUUACAUUAUAACCGAAUUUAUGAGCCAUGGAAAUUUGUUGGAUUUUUUGCGUUCGGCUGGUCGUGAUACACUUGACGCUGUCGCUCUACUCUAUAUGGCAACACAAAUAGCCUCCGGCAUGAGCUAUCUGGAGAGUCGAAAUUACAUUCAUCGUGAUUUGGCAGCAAGAAAUUGCUUAGUCGGCGAAAAUAAUUUAGUUAAAGUAGCCGAUUUCGGAUUGGCUCGACUCAUGCGCGAUGAUACAUACACUGCACACGCCGGAGCCAAAUUCCCAAUCAAAUGGACAGCUCCCGAAGGAUUGGCAUACAAUAAGUUUAGUACAAAGUCAGAUGUAUGGGCUUUUGGUGUAUUGCUGUGGGAGAUAGCCACUUACGGAAUGUCACCGUAUCCGGGCAUUGAUCUGACCGAUGUGUUUCAUAAAUUGGAAAGUGGCUAUCGCAUGGAACGACCGAAUGGCUGUCCACCCGAAGUAUACGAUUUGAUGAGGCAGUGCUGGCAUUGGCAAGCACAAGAUCGACCAACAUUCAAAAAUAUUCAUCAUAUGCUCGAGCAUAUGUUUCAGGAAUCUUCGAUAACUGAAGCCGUCGAAAAGCAAUUGCAAGGAAACUCGCAUACAAAUUCAACACCGUUGAUGGGAAAAAAGUCUCAGAUGAGCUCACAUUCCGAAAAUAAAACCAAUUCAUCAGAACCUGGAUCAGCGUCAUCAAAAUUGUCAACGUUUUCCACUGGUGGUAGCAAAGUGAAUGUGCAAAUGCGACGAACAACGAAUAAGAAGGGCAAAACUGCGCCAGCGCCACCAAAACGAACCAGUUUGCUAUCAACAAAUCGUGAUUCAACAUAUCGUGAUGAUGAUCCAAAAUCGAUUGACGAUUUCAAUUCCAAUGGUACACAUAAAAUUGAGAAAUCUUCUUCUUGCAGUAGUUUUUUAUUUGAUAUUCUGUUCAGAGGCUUGACAAGAGAAAUAGCGGCAUUGAGUGGAGGACGCGGUGAUUCGGAGAAUGAAACCGCCGAUAUAACGCCGGAUACAGACACCGAGAGUAUUGAUCACAUGCAUCGAAAUAUGCACGGUUCAUUCAAAAAGCCCACGCCAGUGAUGGGCAAUCGUAGUCUGGAGAGUCGAAACAGCAAACACCAUUCACAAGCAAAGAAAGAACAUAUCGCCCAGUCAAAUAGCAACAACAUUAUGGACAGUGGCCAAUCGAGUUUGGGCAAACAGCCCGUUACCGUUGGUGCACUGGAAGUGCAGAAUGUGAAGCGUGCAAUCAAUCGCUAUGGCACACUACCGAAAGGUGCCCGAAUCGGUCAAUAUUUAGAAUCACUAAAAACCAAUGAAACAGACACUUCCAUGGCAUCGGAUCUACCGCCACCGCCGCCAAUCAAUUCCAGCUUGAAUUCAAAUGCUGCAAUGUCGCCUCGUUCAGCGAUGAAAACUCAACCGCAAAUGAUUCGAAGUAAUUCAUCUGGUGGUGUCAUAAUGACCAAUUCAAUCAAUUCGAAUUUCAGUAAACUGCAACGACAUCGGACUACCGCCGACGGUGUAAUGAUAUCAUUUUCAUCAUUCCGCAGCACGAGUGGGAGCCCAAAGCGUUCGUUUAAUCCAUCAUUAGCUGAUCUAGAGUUUCCGCCACCGCCAUUGGAUCUACCGCCGCCGCCCGAAGAAUCAAAUGGCGACGGAAUGCAAAUUUCACAGUCAACAAUCAACACACUAUCGAAUGAUGUGGCAACCACUGAGCCGAGCGUUGAAGAGGCAAGCUCACGGUUUGGUGUGAGUUUGCGUAAGCGUGAAGCAUCAACCGAUUCAUGUAGUUCGCUUGGCAGUCCAGCGGCCGGAGUUACCAAUGAUAUAGUCAACGAUAGUGCAGCCACAUCGCAGGCAAUUGCAAACAAGAACAAGGGGAAAUUGGAAAUGAAACUCGUGGCCGAAAUCAAAGAACGAAAUGAACAAUAUCAACGAAACAAACCAAUUGGAGAUGUGCCAAAUACUAAUAACUACCAUUGUAGCAAUAACAAUAAUAAUAGCGUAACCAAAUCAAACGAUCAUGUAUUACAAUUGGUGAAUGAAUUAGCCGAAACGAUGAAUUUACCCAAAACAAUGGAUUCAACGGCGAACAAUUUCAAAGCUCAACUGAAAAAAGUCGAUUCAAAUAAAAAGUCACACAGCAAAACGACGGCCGAAAGUUCAACAGCAGUACCGUUUGAUUUUAAAUCGAGACUGCGAAAAGUGGAGAAUAACAAUGAUAACGAAACGACUGAAUCAACGUCCGAGUUUCGUAAAGUGUUGGACAACGAUACAACGGAUGCACGCGGCAGUGUUUCAAAAAAGUCCAUAUCGAAACGAAAUUGUGAUCGAGUCAGUGGAGGUGGUGGUGUUGGAACAACAACUGAUGGUCCAGACAGUGUUUUGGGCAAUGGCAAGAAGACACUCAACGAAACAAAACUGAUUGAUGGGAAAAAGACUGAUUUUAAAGUGGAUCUGCCGGAUGGCAAGGAUAGCAAAGACAAAAAAGACACCGAUCCCAAGUGUAACACAACAAUGACCAGCGAAGAAGAGGAUAAACGAAGAAGCACCGGUAGCAUAAGCAGCUUGAAAAAAUUGUGGGAAGCCAAAGAGGGUAAUGGUACGAUGUCGAAUAGUGAAAUGUCACAGAUACAGUUGAGUCCGAAAUUGGCCACCAAGUCGACACUAAGUAACAACAAUAAGAGUAACAAUGACGAGGAGUUCGAUGCAUUGAGUGCAAAUAAAAAGCCGGCCGUACCAACAAAACCAACGAAAUUGGUGAGCAUCUAUGCGACACCGAUUCAGGUGAAACUGCAUUCGGAAUCGGCAACAUCACCAUCAUCUUCCACAUCGAUUACAUCGAACAAUACAACGACCCAAGUGAGUCGUGAAGCAAUCUUAGAUCUAAUCCAAUUGUUAGAAAGUACGCUGAAAACGCCAAUCAAUUCAAUAUCGGCAUCGCAAUGGCUACAGCUCAGCGACAAGCUGAACAUUUUACAAACAUCAUGCGUAUCAUUUGCCGACAAAGCAUCCAUGGCACCGCAUUCAAAGUUUCAAUUCCGUGAAUUGGUGUCACGUGUUGAGAAUCAAUCGCGUAGCCUACGAUCGGCCGGCAGCAAAAAUACCCAGGACAAUGAAAAGUUGGUUUUCGAAGUUGGACAGUCAUUGAAGCAAAUAUCGAACGCUCUUCAUCGAUAAGUGUUCGUAUUUUGCUCGGGCAGGUCAUUUAAACAGUGUGUGACAGCACCAAUGUGCAACUAGUUUGCUCAAUAUACAAUUUUUUGGGGAACGAUUUUACUAAUUCUUUUUUCUCUAUAAUUGUUAACUCAAUUUUUUUUUAUUUAAUCUCUGUCAAAAGAUUAACCAUUGGAAAUUUAGGUAUUAUAACAUUUGUGAUCUGCAUGCUCCACUGAAACAAUAACCUCACCAUCUGAGACCAUUCGACGAAAGCAAAUGAUUCGUUUCCAUGCUGCAUUUUUUUUUCUUUUCAAAAAGCUCAAUGAACCGAACAAAGUAACAUAAAGAAACAUUGAUAUCAAAAUGUGUGCUCCAAUAACAAACGAGAAAAAAAACGAACGAAGCAAUCGAAAUGAUCAAAGUUUAUAUAUAGUGAAUUCCCUGAAGACAAAUACAAUUCGCGAUGAAUAUAUGAACAAAGUGAAAACACAGAGAUAAUAAAAUAACAUUGAAGCUCA